UUUACUUCUGUACCACUCGUGGGACGAGAGCGUAAGGUGGACGGACUGUUUAAAGAAUAAAUUCCAUCCGUUUAAUUAUUUUAACCAUAUUCAGACGAAGUAAAAUUAAUCGGGAUCAUUAGAGAACUUGUUUGUCGAAAAAUCUUAUUAGGAAAAGAUGGUUAAUCGAGUUUGUAUAAUAGAACAUUUUAUUAUUCCUUCCUUAAAAAGGAAGACUUUUGGUAAAUUACUUCAUUGGGAAAACGAAGAAAGUGGCAUUUUUCGAUUGAGAUGGACGCAUAAGAGCGCCAGCAAAUGGAAUAAACGCAAAUUCGAAGUUUUUAAGGCAUGGGAUGUGGUUAAAGGUCGUACAAAUGAAGAUGAAGGAAAUUAUUAUACAAGUUCCAAAGGAAGAUUUAGAUCAGCGUUGAAUCGAUUAAAAGCAAAAGUUGUAUGUAUAAAAUCUAAAGAAAAAUCAAAAUAUCGACGCUAUCAAUUAAAGAACUACAAAAAAAGUGAAGAAUAUAAUUUUGAACAUCAGCAACAAAUCAUUCAAAUAAAUGAACAGGAUCAGUUAAGUCCUUUGUCAAAUUGUAGUCAAUCAUCAACAUUUAGUUCAGAAAGUGGAUAUAGUAUUGAAUAUGAACAAAACAGUGCUGAUGAAAAUUCAGACAAUACAAGUUAUUCUUAUAAUGAAGAAAGUAACAGAGAAGAACUUUUCAGUUCGUCUUAUCAAAGUAAUUUUUCACAAAAUGAUUUAUAUAUACUGCACAGUGAUGAAAUUAUUCCUGAUGAGUUUAACCAGUUCUUUGAAAAUGAUGUUAAUAAUGAAGUAUUAAUGCAAGAUAUAAUGAGCCAAGAGUUUGAAACCAUAAAUAUUAUGGAAUUACAAUAAUUGAAAAUGGUUGUGAAAGUUUUUAAUUCAACAUGUGUACAGAUUAUUCUUUGAGGUUUAGUAACAACUGUCUGAUUGAACAAAUAUAAUGUAAAUUUAUUUUAUAUAUGGAAAUUUUUCCAGAGAAAUUUUCUUUUAACAUAGUAUUCUUUUAUAGGAUGUCAACAAUUUUUAUUGU